CAAUCUCACCCCUUCAGAAGAGGGGUGACCUGUUUCCAGAGUGGAAGAGCAGUGCUUCCCCCAUCUUUAGGAUAUCGGUCUGGGGUCCUUCAGAGCCUCUCCUGGGCAUAGGACUCCCAUUGUUCCAGCCCCCCUCUUGUACCCCAGACUGGCCAAACCGGUUCUGGGGAAGGGGGGCGGGGAGCAGGCACGUUGAGACAGCCGCCUGCCCGCCUGCGAGGUUCCCUCCGCCUUCGCCUCCCCCCUCCCUGCCCCACACAAUACCCAGGAUCCUGCACUGCCCGGCUCAGGGGCCAUGCUGACAUCGCCCCCUGAGAACCCGGCUACAACCCCAGAGCCCCCAGGUGGUCUGGAGCCCUGGACCGUGUCGGAGGCCGGACGGAGCUCCCUGGCUGAGCCAGCUGGGCAGAGAGAGGGCUUCCCCUGCCGGAGCAGAACAACAUCGGCAGCGGCCUUCAGCUGGAGAGGCCCAGGUGGGUGGCAGAGCAAAGGAGGAAUGGACUGUGGGCCACCUGCCACCCUCCAGUCCCACCUGGCUGGGCCACGUGGCACUGCCCGCCGCCCAGUAGCUGUGUGCCAGCAGGAGAGUCUGUCCUUUGCAGAGUUGCCCACCCUGCAGCCUCCGAGUCCUGUGUGUCUGGAUCUCUUCCCUGUCACCCCAGAGGAGCUGCGGGCUCCUGGCAGCCGCUGGUCCCUGGGGACCCCUCCUCCUCUCCAAGGGCUGCUAUGGCCACCAUCCCCGGGAGUCCCAGACACCGAGAUCUGCACCAGUGGGGGGAUGCGGCCCAGCAGGGCUGGCAGCUGGCCACACUGUCCUAGUGCCCAGCCCCCAGCUCUGGAGGGACCCUGGAGUCCCCAGCACCCACAGCCACAGCGCCGGGCCAGUCAUGGCUCAGAGAAGAAGUCAGCCUGGCGCAAGAUGCGGGUCUAUCAGCGGGAAGAGCUCCCUGGCAGCCCUGAAGCCCACACUGUCUUCCUGGAGCCUGGCCAGGCAACAGAGCAGGCCCUGAGCACAGAGGAACCCAGGCCCCUGGAGCUGUCUGCGCCCUCCCGAGUCGGCCUGGAGGGGCCUGAGCGGAGGCGCUUCUCAGCCUCGGAGCUGAUGACCCGGCUGCACUCUUCCCUGCGCCUGGGGCGGAACUCAGCAGCCAGGGUGCUGACCCCGGGGUCCGGCCCUGGCGUAGCUCGGGAAGGAAAAGCAUCUGGAAGGGAGUGGCGCCGCGGAGAGAUGAGGCUGGACGGCUUGGCGACGCCGGCGCCUGUUGACCCGAGCACGGGGCAGAGCGGCUGGCCCGAGCCCAGGCUGGACACGCAGGAGGAGCAGGCGCUGGGUUCCGGGAGCGCCAGCGAGCGGCGCCAGUCUCGGUUUCUCCUUAACACGGUCCUCUACCAGGAAUACAGCGACGUGGCCAGCGCCCGCGAACUGCGGCGGCAGCAGCGCGAGGAGGAGGGCCCGGGGGACGAGGCGGAGGGCGCGGAGGAGGGGCCCGGGCCGCCGCGCGCCAACCUCUCCCCGAGCAGCUCCUUCCGGGCGCAGCGCUCGGCGCGAGGCUCCACCUUCUCGCUGUGGCAGGACAUCCCCGACGUGCGCGGCAGCGGCGUCCUGGCCACGCUGAGCCUGCGCGACUGCAAGCUGCAGGAGGCCAAGUUUGAGCUGAUCACAUCCGAGGCCUCAUACAUCCACAGCCUGUCCGUGGCCGUGGGCCACUUCUUGGGCUCUGCUGAGCUGAGCGAAUGUCUGGGGGUGCAGGACAAGCAGUGGCUGUUCUCCAAACUGCCCGAGGUCAAGAGCACCAGCGAGAGGUUCCUGCAGGACCUGGAGCAGCGGCUAGAGGCAGAUGUCCUGCGUUUCAGCGUGUGUGACAUUGUGUUGCACCACUGUCCAGCCUUCCGCCGAGUGUACCUGCCCUACGUCACCAACCAGGCCUACCAGGAGCGCACCUACCAGCGCCUGCUCCUGGAGAACCCCAAGUUCCCUGGCAUCCUGGCUCGCCUGGAGGAGUCUCCUGUAUGCCAACGUCUGCCCCUCACCUCCUUCCUUAUCUUGCCAUUUCAGAGGAUCACCCGCCUCAAGAUGUUGGUGGAGAACAUCCUGAAGCGGACAGCACAGGGCUCUGAAGACGAAGAUGUGGCCACCAAGGCCUUCGAUGCCCUCAAGAAGCUGGUGCAAGAAUGCAACGCCAGCGUGCAGUCCAUGAAGAGGACAGAGGAGCUCAUCCACCUGAGCAAGAAGAUCCACUUUGAGGGCAAGAUCUUCCCCCUCAUCUCGCAGGCCCGCUGGCUGGUUCGGCAUGGGGAACUGGUGGAGCUGGCCCCACUGCCCGCAGCGCCCCCCGCCAAGCUGAAGCUGUCCAGCAAGGCCGUCUACCUGCACCUUUUCAAUGACUGCUUGCUGCUCUCCCGGCGGAAGGAGCUAGGGAAGUUUGCCGUCUUUGUCCACGCCAGGAUGGCCGAGCUCCAGGUGAAGGAUCUGAGCCUGAAGCUCCAGGGCAUCCCUGGCCACGUGUUCCUCCUUCAGCUCCUCCAUGGCCAACACGCGAAGCACCAGUUCCUGCUGAGGGCCCGGACCGAAAGUGAGAAGCAGCGGUGGAUCUCAGCCAUGCGCCCCUCCAGCUCCCAGGAGGAUAAGGAGGUCUUCAGCGAGGGCCAAGGUAACCGCCCCCAGGUGCAGUGUGUCCGGACAUACAAGGCUCUGCAGCCAGACGAGCUGACUCUGGAGAAGACUGACAUCCUGGCAGUGAGGACCCGAACCAGCGACGGCUGGCCCUGGUGUCCCUUGGAUGCCACUGAUGCUGCUCCUGGCCUGCGUGCCCCUAGGCUGGCUGGAGGGGGUCCGCCUGGCAGAUGGUGAGAAGGGGUGGGUGCCCCAGGCCCACGUGGAGGAGAUCGGCAGCCUCAAUGCCCGCCUUCGAAACCUCCGAGAGAAUAAGCGGAUCACAAGUGCCACCAGCAAACUGGGGGAGCCCCCCACAUGAUGGGCAGGUGUGGCCUGGGACACCAGCUCCGUGCCCAGCUCCUGGGCAGGUCUGGAGGGGCCUGUGGGGGUCCCAUGCUCCGUGACCUGCCCUGCAGGGUCCAGCCUGUCCUCGCGCUCCUCGAAGUCCGCACUAAAGGCCGAUGCAGGUCCUUCCUCCGGCAUAGGGACUGCACAGGUGACCUGUGACACCUGGCGAGGAUGGGAGCCCACUGCCUUCACGCUGCCUGACUCUGGGUCCCUCUGGCAGGGCCUCGGCUGGGGACGGCGGUGGUGCUGAGGGGUCAGAUAUGUAUAUACCUGGGGUCUUC